CCGCAUGCGCGCUGAUGGCGGCGGGGCCGCGGCAAAAUGGCGGCGGCCGCGGCUGAGGCGGGAAGCGGCGGGGCUGAGGGGACGGCGGCGGGCGGCGAUGGCGGCCCCGAGGAGCUCGGGGACGGCGUCCUCGGCCGCGGGCAGCUCUUCGCAGCCGUGGUGGACGCCUUCAUGGAGAAGCUGGUGGCGGCGGGGAGCUACCAGAGGUUCGCCAGCUGCUACCACCGCUUCUACAGGCUGCAGCCCGAGCUGACCAGGAGCAUUUACGACCAGUUCGUGGCCCAGCUGCAGGCUUCCAUCAAGGAGGAGAUCCAGGAGGUGAAGAAGGAGGGGAACCUGGAGGAGCUCUUCAACUCGCUGGAUAAGAUCGUGGAGGAGGCAAAAGACUGGAAAGAGCCCGCCUGGCGGCCCAGUGGGAUCCCAGAAGAAGACAUUCGCAGCGCCGUGGUGCCCUACCUCCUGAAGCACAAGUCGUACCUGCAGAAAGUCCUGAAGGAGAAGGAGGAAGAAAACAGGAAGCUAGCAGAGUCUGUGCUCGCAGGGAGGGAUCAGAUUGCUAAGCUGCAGCAGCUGAUAGACACUCGCAGACAAGCCUGGCAGGCGAUUAGCAAAGAGCAACGAGAACUCAUCAUGACCUUCAAGGAGCCCCAGUGAGGAAGCAGAGAGAUUCUGCACCUUCCACGUAGGAAUUUUAUCUUCAGCUCUGAAGCACUGACGAUGCCUCGGGACGUGGGACACCGUGUGGCACGUACAAACCAUGCAAACUUGAGCUCAUCUUCUCCGCCUGAAAGAAACUUGCAGUAGAACCAGAAAAUUGCUGGACUUACACAAUUUGCUCCAAGUUUGUGAAGAAAUAUGAAAUCACAUCAGGAUGUUUGGGACCAGAUGACUAAUUUGUAUGCCCCCAGGUCUGAUAGCCAGAGUGUGUCUGUACAUCCCCACACUUCUUUAGCUCUCACACGCUUUCUUAGCACUACGACGAGCGUUAUUCUGGCAUGCUAAAGCCAAAUUGGAGACCUCAAAGGCAUUUUAGGUGCAAAUUAUAGAAAAAUCGGUGCCUUAUACAUAAAAAAAAAAAAGCACAGAGGGUGGUUGUGCUGCGCUCAGGAGUGAGGAGCCCACAUCAGACUCCUCCUGUGCCUUGUGUUUGUAGGUGCUCGUGUCCAGUUCCCACUUCUUUAAAUAAUUCUGCCCAUGACCCCUGAGAAAGGAUGUCAGCAUCUGCCCUAUCCCAUCAGGUUCCUCGUUGCCAUAAUAUUCUUUUUUUUCCCAGCUGUUUUCCAGCCCUGCUCUGCUACGCACAGACGAGCACGGUACAUGGGGAGGGCACUUCUUGAAAACCACAGUGCAUAGGACGCAGGGACCUGUCCCUUGUUCGUGUGGAGCUGAGCAGGGCUUAGCGUGGCCCUGCUGUGGCUUUGUGGGCUCGUGUAAAGGGACUGAAUAUUUCCCUAAGAAACCUCCUUGUUGAUUUUUUGCAUCUGUAAGCCACAGGUGGGUUUGAUUACAUCCCCCAGAGUGGCUCUUCACCAUCCUGUCUGAAAUUUGCCAGCCACAGGAGCAAGCACUUAACUGGAGGCUGCCUGCAAGGGCCUGUACUGAAACCCUACAAGCGAGGCUGCUCUUCAGAGGAAGGAGAAAGUCCUUCAUCAGGGCUGGGAAGAUAACGAGGAGCCUUACUGGGCCUGGCAGGGCUCAGUCACAAGCGUUUCCAGCAGAUGCCAGGUCUGCCAAAAGCUGCGGGUCCUCACCUGUCAGCCCCUGGCCUGCGUUGCACUGGGGCUGUCGGUGCAAGCUGCCUGGUGCGGUGUCGAACCAGGAAUUCUGAGAACAAAGGUAGCAAUUUCCAGCAAGCACAAGCCUCUGGUUUCAAUUAGAGGCUGUUACAGCCUGUGAUUGACUGACUUGGGCAUAUUUUCCUUUUGUCAUAAACAAGCCUUCCCUCGCUGCAUUAUAAUCUAAAUAAAUUGGGGCUGUUGCUUUCCCCCCCCCCCGGUCUU